UACGGACAGGGAGUUGAUUUCUUUGUGGAGUUUCUCUGUGUUUUCUUGUUUUGCUCACGUGCGAAGUGAAAAAGACUAUAUACAUUUUCUUUCCCUUCUUUCUCCUGGAUAUUCAGUUUCUUCUUCCUGUUGGGAUUUUCCUGAUUUUUUUCCCCCCCUCACUGCCUGCUCCUCUGGGGGCUUAUCAGCGCUUCCUUUCCCCCUUUGCUCUCCUUCUCCUCUUCCUCCCGUCUUCCUUUGUGCCCUGUCUCCCUGUGUGUGGUUUUUUGGGCUAUGCUCUCCUCACCAACUGUGAUUCUCCAGCCUUAUGGACUCCCCGUCUACCCACAGACCACCACAUGCUACCCCAGCAUAGUCCAGGGGGCCCCCACCCAGGAGGCGGGCCCAGGUAGCGGGGACCCGGCCCUGCCCCAGGUCUACGCUCCGCCCCCCUCUUACCCCCCGCCCGGUCAGGUUCCCCCCGCCUCCGCGAGCCGCCUGCCGGCGCUGGACUUCACCUCUGCCCACCCCAGCUCAGAGUACCCCGAGCACCCCCAGCUCCGGGUCUACCAGGGCCCCCAGCACGACGGGGCCGACACCCUGACCGUCAGCAACACGGAGGACGCCUUGGCCCCGGUGACCUCUGACCCCCAGUCCCUCAGCGUGUCUGUGUCAUCGGGGGGCGGAGCAGGAAGUGGGAGUGAGGAGGAAGGGUCAAGCAAGACCCAACCGAAACGCCUCCACGUCUCCAACAUCCCUUUUCGCUUCAGAGAUCCAGACCUCCGCCAGAUGUUUGGGCAAUUUGGGAAAAUCCUGGAUGUUGAAAUCAUCUUUAAUGAGCGGGGGUCAAAGGGUUUUGGAUUCGUCACUUUCGAGAGCGCUGCCGAAGCCGACCGAGCCAGAGAAAAGCUGAACGGGACGAUCGUGGAAGGGAGAAAGAUUGAGGUUAAUAAUGCAACUGCGAGAGUCGUUACCAAGAAGCCCCAGGCGCCUCUUGUGAAUGGUGAAAUUUCGACUUCUGGGUGGAAGAUCAACCCUGUGAUGGGGGCCAUGUAUGCACCUGAACUGUACACAGUUGCCAGUUUUCCCUACCCGGUAGCCACUCCCACCUUGGCGUACCGGGGCUCAGCGCUGCGGGGUCGAGGUCGAGCCGUCUACAACACCAUCCGCUCGGCUGCCGCCACACCCGCGGCCGUGCCCGCCUACCCCGGGGUUGUCUAUCAGGAUGGACUGUACGGAGCAGAAGUUUAUAGUGGAUACCCUGCAGCCUACAGAGUGGCUCAGUCAGCGUCUGCUGCCACGGCAGCCUACAGUGACGGGUACGGACGGGUUUACGCCACGGCCGCCGAUCCCUACCACCACUCAGUCGGACCCACGACGACGUACGGAGUGGGCACGAUGGCCAGUUUAUACCGGGGAGGAUACAACCGCUUCACCCCGUACUGAGUCCGCCUGCAGGGGGAAGACGUCUCCCUCCUGAACUCUGAUCCGGCGUCGCUGCAGGACCGGUCAUGAGACCUCGGACACGUAGGGGAGGAGGGAAGAAAGAAAGAAAGAAAGAAAGAAAAAAAAAA